AUGGCCGCACAGUCAACGUUGCGAAAGCCGGAAGAUCCGUUACUGGUUUUAUUUAACCACUACAAGAAGUUGCUAAAAACACGGGUCCGGGGAAGUUCGCGGCGAACGCGACUGCUUGCCACUGCGGCGCUCGUCCUCGCAAUUGUCGGAAGUGGGUAUGGGGGAUAUAAUUGGUGGCGGGAGGGCUCAAAAGAAAGGGCGCAAGGAAGAAGACUGCUGCGAAAGAAUUCUGGCAUUUUGAGGAAAGAUGGAGCUAGAAUCAUCUAUGUCCCGUCCAAGUCGUCGCUGUCGUCAUCGGAGAGCUCCAGAGUGACGAUACACCCAACGAAGUCCACGACCUUUGAUGCGCACCGAAGACUAUUCUUGAAUACGCAUAGGUCUGCUGGGGCAUCUCUGAUCCCUCCUCCGUCGACGAAACCGGGCCUGAAUUUAGCGUUUCUCCACCAGCUUUUCAGCUUGCUCAGUAUCAUGAUUCCAAGAUGGAAUAGCAAGGAGACCGGCCUUCUUGUUAGCCAUGGCGUCUUUUUGAUGCUCCGGACAUAUCUCUCCCUUGUCGUUGCGCGGCUCGAUGGAGAGAUUGUUAGAGACCUAGUUGCGGGAAAGGGCAGGGCGUUCAUCUGGGGCAUAACCAAGUGGUGCGGAAUCGGAACGUUCGCCUCCUAUACCAAUGCAAUGAUAAAGUUCCUUCAGUCAAAGGUAUCUAUUGCUUUCCGGACACGUCUUACGCGGUAUAUCCAUGAUCUUUACCUCAACGACAAUUUGAAUUACUACAAAUUGUCCAAUCUGGACGGCGGGGUGGGCCAAGGAGCAGACCAAUUUAUCACUCAAGACCUUACACUCUUUUGCUCUGCUGUGUCAUCUUUAUAUUCGUCGCUUGGGAAACCCUUUGUUGAUCUCGUUGUCUUCACCUACCAACUUUACCGGUCAUUAGGACCGAUUGCCUUUGCUGUCAUCAUCAGUGGCUACUCUGGAACGGCCAGCCUUCUUCGCCGCCUUUCUCCUCCAUUUGGGAAGCUAAAAGCAGUGGAGGGUAAGAAAGAAGGAGAUUUUCGGAGUUUGCAUUCCAGAAUUCUAGCCAAUGCGGAGGAAAUUGCUUUCUAUGGCGGUGCAGAUAUCGAAAGGGUGUUUCUCUCGAAAAGCUUCAGAGAACUACAGAAAUGGAUGGAAGGCAUCUACGGCCUGAAGAUACGAUAUAAUAUGUUCGAGGACAUCAUUUUAAAAUACUCCUGGUCAGCUUUGGGGUACCUCAUUACGUCUCUGCCGGUUUUCCUCCCUGCUUGGGGUGGAGUUGGCGGAAUGCUGGAAAUGGCAAAUACUGGUGCAAGUUCCAAUCGAGAACAAGGACGUAUGAAAGACUUCAUAACUAAUAAGCGACUGAUGUUGUCUCUCGCCGACGCUGGUGGCCGAAUGAUGUACAGCAUCAAAGAUCUUGCGGAACUAGCUGGAUAUACGUCACGAGUGUAUACCUUGAUUUCAACUUUGCAUCGCGUGCAUGCCAACGCUUACUACCAGGGACGUGAUUCGCAGCCGGAUAUCUACUCUCUCUCUGACGUCCAAGGAACGAUUCAUAGCGGGUUCGAUGGCGUCCGUCUCGAGCACGUGCCCAUUGUCGCGCCAGCCAUCUUUCCGCAAGGAGGUGACGAGCUCAUUGAAUCAUUGUCGUUUAUCGUCCAUUCCGGCGAACAUCUCCUGAUCUCCGGUCCAAACGGUGUUGGAAAAUCCGCUAUCGCACGUAUUGUCGCUGGCCUGUGGCCCGUGUACCGCGGCCUUGUCAGUCGGCCCCGAACUUUUGGUACUGAUGGGAUUAUGUUCCUUCCACAACGGCCGUAUCUCAGCAUUGGCACGUUGAGGGAUCAAGUUAUCUACCCGCAUCGUGAGAUGGACAUGAGAGAACACGGACGCAGUGACGCUGAACUUCUACAGAUCCUCGAAGCCGUGCACUUGGGCUACCUACCCGAACGCGAAGGAGGCUGGGAUUGCCGGAAAGAAUGGAAAGAUGUUUUGAGUGGUGGCGAGAAGCAGAGAAUGGCCGUGGCGCGACUUUUUUAUCACGAGCCGCGCUAUGCAUUUGUCGACGAAGGCACGUCCGCCGUCUCAUCUGACGUCGAGGGCCUCCUUUAUGAACGCUCCAAAGAGCGAGGUAUCACUUUAAUUACCAUCUCUACUCGGGCUUCGCUCAAACGAUACCAUACCUUCAAUCUCACCCUUGGGUUGGGCUCCGAUGGAGCCGGUUGGGAAUUCGACCGCAUCGGAACCGAGAAGGAGAAAAUGGGUGUGGAGAAGGAACUGCAGGAACUUCGGCAGAGGCUGAAUAAUGUCGACGCGCUGAAGCGACGGCGGGAGGAGAUUGAGAAGGAGCUGCAAAACGUUUGGAUGGAUGAUGGCGGCCGGUUGGAUCCUCCGUCAUAUGCGGAGGCGACCGCUGCGGAGAAUUCGGACGGCGAUGGCGUUGAUUGA